AUGGCCGCCAUUCCUUUCAGUCUCAUUCCUCCUCUCAUCUUCUUCACCUUCACAACCAUCACCUUCACUGCUUCACCAAAACGGGUCGUUAUCGAACUCAUUCAUAGAGACUCAAUCCACUCUCCGUUUCACAAUCACAAGCAGAGCCUCUCAAACAAAGCUCAACAAGCCAUAAAUACUUCCUUUGCUCGCCUCGCUUACUUACAAUCCAAAACCAGAUCAUCAUCUUCUUCAACCUCUGAAGAAGAAGAAGAUUACCAAGCUGAUGUUUUUCCCAGCAUUGACUCGUCGUUAUUCUACUUAAAUUUCUCCAUCGGCCGCCCUCCCAUCCCACAGUUCACCGUCAUGGACACCGGCAGCAGCCUGCUAUGGAUCCAAUGUCAGCCUUGCAUAAACUGUUUCAAACAAUUUGGCCCCAUUUUCAACCCUGCAAAAUCUUCCACCUUUAAUAAUGUAUCAUGCUUGUCGCCUUAUUGCCGCUUCUCGCCAGGCACCAGGAAUAAGAGCUGUGAUAAGGCUAACUCUUAUAGCAAAUGUAUGUACAAUCAAACGUACGUUCAUGGUCCUUCCUCUUCCGGCGUCCUCGCCACCGAUGAAAUCGUCUUCAAAACGUCCGAUGAGGGCACAACAACCGUUCCGGAAGUGAUAUUCGGCUGCGGCCAUGACAACGGAAAGUUGAACGACCGUCAACUCAGUGGAGUUUUCGGCCUCGGCCUUGGCCAUUUAUCCCUCGUCUCUCAACUGGGUCGUAGCUUCUCUUACUGCAUAGGCAACUUAUACGAUCCUUUCUACCACCACAAUAAGCUCGUCCUGGGAUACGGUGCGAGAAUCGAAGGCGAUUCGACGCCUCUCGAAGUCAUCAACGGCCGUUACUAUGUAACCCUAAAAUCCAUAAGCGUAGGAGAAAAACAACUCGACCUUGAUGUGAAUAUAUUCAAAAGAAGAACGUGGAGCAACGAUGGAGUGAUAAUCGAUACGGGGUCGCCGGCGACAUGGCUGAUAAAAGAAGGGUUUGAAGCUCUGAGGGAUGAAGUGCAGAGUCUGCUGGACAUGUGGCUAAACCGUUAUUGGUACAGUUCGUGGAGUUUGUGCUACGAGGGGUCGGCGAGGGAGGACCUGGUGGGGUUUCCGGUGGUGAGGUUUGAAUUUGAAGAUGGGGCGGAGCUGGUUUUGGAUAGGGAGAGCUUGUUUCUUCAGGCGUGGCCGAAUGUUUUCUGCAUGGCUGUGUUUCCAAGCUUUGUUAAUGGCGAUGCCUACACCAGACUAUCGCUCAUUGGGAUGAUGGCGCAGCAGAAUUAUAAUGUGGCGUAUGAUAUUGAUGGGAGGAAGCUGAGUUUCGAAAGGAUUGAUUGUGCACUUCUUGAUGAUUAA